AAUCAGUACCGUUCCGUCGAUGCUGAUGCACGUCGCGUUUUACGCACGCACACACACACAAGCGCGCGCGCGCGCGCACGUACGCUUGUAGAUAAAAUCGAGAUAAAUUUGCCGAGAGACGGUAGCUGAUUCGAGCGCGAGAAAACGAGAAAGAAAAAAUCGCUCGAUCAAGGACGGAGGAUAUUCGCGCGCAGCGCAUCCGGAAAGGACUUCUCCUUUCGACUCGUCGUUCGCUCGGAGGAUUUGUCCGUUGCUCGUGAACACUUUCUCCGGGUGGCGCAUUUUUGCGGGCCAAACUCGCCGAACUCGGUGCUGAGACUCGCGCUCGUCGGGGUUCAACGUUCCUGAAAUAGUGGGUGUGUCGAGUGAGCUGAGCUCUCUCGCGGUCGCGAUGGAGUCGCGGUGCGCGCAAGUUCCCGAAGAGGAGAACCUGUACCAGGUGUACAAUCACGAGAAAGCUACCAGUAACCUCGUUACUCUCGAUGCGCUGCUGGCGGACUUGCAGAACACCGUGUCGUCGGAAGGGAACCACGUCGGCGGCGGCAAUGCGACUCCCGGUUACGGGUCGCUGAACGGUGCGCGCAUCCAUGCGACCGGCGGGUAUAGAUCCUACGACAGUCGAACCUCGCCACUGCCUUCGCAAUCGCCUACUUACCAAAACCGCGAGGCGAUCGAGGAGACCAUCGGUAAGACCGGAAGCGCGUCUUACACCCAGGCCAGCACCGGCAGCAAGAUGCCCUCGCUCAAUAACAAUCUUUCCGAGCUGGACACCCUGCUGCAAGACCUCAGCAACGCGCGCUAUAACAGCCACUACCAAGAAAGAGACGGCCGCGUAUCCACGACAGGGAUGAACGGGGGCGCGACUAGUCCCAUGCUCCGUUCCCCGAGUAGCUUGUCAGCCUCCCGACCCACCGUCGACUCGUUGCUCGAAGAACUAAGUACCGCCGUGCCUAACGGAGAUUAUCCAGCCGACGGAAGGGUGAAAGUUACCAUACAGGAGACGUCCACGGAGAUACAGCCGGUCUAUGACGGUUAUCCGUCCAGCCAGCAGGGCUCGCUGAAUCGAACCGAGGUUCAGAGAAGUUACCCCAACGGUCACACUGCGAGUAACGCUACCAAGGAGCUGGACGACCUAAUGGCUUCGCUUUCCGAAUUCAAGAUCAACAGCGGCACUCAUCAACACCAGACGGUUACCGACUCCCCGUACGCGAAGCCCAACAAAGCCACCAAGAGCUCGCAGAGUCCGCUGCCGGCCGAGGGCACGCAGCAGACCCGCGUCCACAUCACCGAGACCCACACGACUCACCAUUACCAGCCGCAACACGGGGAGAGCCACCACACCACCCAGACGGUCACACAUAUCAAGCAGAACCAGUUGGAUUCUAUGCUCGGCAACCUCCAGGCCGACAUGAGCCGCCAAGGAGUCAACACAACCCAGAAGGGAUGCUGCAGCGCCUGCGAGAAGCCCAUCGUGGGCCAGGUGAUAACAGCUCUGGGCAAGACGUGGCAUCCGGAACACUUUACGUGCACCCACUGCAAUCAGGAGCUAGGCACGCGCAACUUCUUCGAGAGGGAGGGUCACCCCUACUGCGAGACGGACUAUCACAACUUGUUCUCGCCCCGCUGCGCCUACUGCAACGGGCCGAUUCUCGAUAAAUGCGUGACCGCUCUGGAGAAGACCUGGCAUACCGAGCACUUCUUCUGCGCCCAAUGCGGCAAGCAGUUUGGCGAGGAGGGCUUCCACGAGCGGGACGGCAAGCCGUAUUGCCGCGAGGACUACUUCGACAUGUUCGCGCCCAAGUGCGGCGGCUGCAACCGAGCCAUCAUGGAGAACUACAUAUCCGCGUUGAACAGUCAAUGGCAUCCGGACUGCUUCGUCUGCAGGGAUUGUAGGCAAAAGUUUCAGGGAGGCUCCUUCUUCGAUCACGAGGGGUUGCCGUACUGCGAGACGCACUACCACGCCAAGAGGGGAUCCUUGUGUGCGGGGUGCCACAAACCCAUCACUGGUCGCUGCAUAACGGCCAUGUUCCGCAAAUUCCAUCCUGAGCACUUUGUGUGCGCGUUUUGCUUGAAACAGCUGAACAAGGGUACUUUCAAGGAACAAAACGACAAACCUUACUGCCAUGGCUGCUUCGACAAGCUCUUUGGAUAAAUAUAUUUGUAACAUAAGGACGGAGAGCGGAAGACUGUUACUUCGCUCUCGAUGACACGGUUUUGCUAGUUUGGACGGAAUACGUACGCGGUAUACACACUUGCUUUGACUGUCUAGAUAAAAACGCGAGACCAGGCUCGUCCGUUGAGCCGCCUUCACGGCCUUUUAGAAUUUCCAUUUUUUUAUAUGAAAGAGGGAAUAUUGACCUUUGAAUAGUGCUAUCGCGAAGAAAAAGGAAAAUGCAUGGAAUUUCAAGUGUUGACGAACAUCGUGACAGGCUUGGAAGUUAUACAGGAUGUCCCGUUACCUUCGCCAUUUUUAACGAGAUUUUUUAACAAUUUUCGAGUCGAUAGUUUUUUUUUUUCUUUCUUUUUUUUUUUACUAUGAACAGAUACAAUGGAACACUCUGUAUAAUCUUGAUUACUUCCCAUGGGUCUUAACUGUAAUAACCUUACGUGGUAAGUCGUGUUUCUUAAACCGCUCAGUUUGAGCUCAUCAUGCCGUUUAAGAAUUAACGAAAAGGGUGCUAUACAGUAGUUUACCGUUACUAAUAAUGCGUAUAUCUAUUAUAGUAUACCUUAGUGGAUACACAUAUACGGUGUAUAAUCGCUCGAGCAAAUAUUUGUACGACACAGCUGGAUAUUAGUCUCCAAAUGUCUCGGAUGAGAGAGCUCUUCUUCCCGCGCGCGCGCGUUAGAUAUUUCAUAUAUUUAUAAGAAUAUUUAUAUAGAGUCGAGCGCGCGAAACGGUCUGGGAUUUAACCGACUCUACCGCACAAGUAACAUUACGAGUUUACAUACGUCCGAUCUGUCGGAGCAUCGAAUUAUGUAAUGCCUUGCGAGAGAAAAACAAACGAUCGGAUGUGAGGGAAGCGCGAAUGGAAUUGAAACGGAUGUAUAAAGCUUCGGUGCAAAGCCAGGUAGAUAAAGCCAGAGAGGUAGGCCAUUCGUUCGUUUAUUUGGCAUCUCGUUACAUAAUAAAGAUCAGUUUUAAAGAACCAAUUUCACGUAUACACGCACAUUUAUUAUAACAAUAAACUUUCUUAGUAGAAUUUAACGUGGGUGUGUAUACAAGGGAUAUUCAUUUUAAAUGAGAGAAGAAGCAGAAAAAGUACAUGUAUAUUUGCCUUAUAAUUCCCGGUCGUGACUGGUACCGAUACCGGCGUGUGUGUAGGUGUAUGUAUACAUAUAAA